CCACCCUCCUUUAUAUUAUAUUUAUAACAAAUAUAGCCAGCGAAAGCUCAUUGAGUCACUGAUUGUCUUCAUGAUGACCAUCAUCUCUCUGCUCCUGCUGGCCUCUCUGCUGCCACACCUGACCUUCACUGCUCGUGUGAAUGUGGGUAUAGUGAACGGCAGGGAAGCAAAACCCCACUCCAGACCUUACAUGGUGUCUGUUCAAGCAAAUGAGCGUCAUAUCUGCGGUGGAUUCCUCAUCUCUGAUAGAUUUGUCAUGACUGCUGCACAUUGCCGAAAAGACAGUUCUUCAGUUCUGACGGUUGUGCUAGGUGCACAUGACCUACAAAAAAAGAAUGAGAAUUCAGUCCGAUUCACAGUGGAGUCAUACCAUCAGCAUCCAAACUACACCAACAAAUCCUUUCAUAAUGACAUCUUGCUUUUGAAGUUAGAAAAAAAUGUACAACUAAACGAUAAUAUCAAGUGGAUAUCCAUACCAGCGGAAGGAAGCGAUAUCGAAGCAGGUUCUGUUUGCAGUAUCGCAGGCUGGGGACGUUUAGCAACUAAAGGCAAGAGAAGCGAUCACCUCAUGGAGACAGACGUGAAGGUCAUGAAUAACAUGGAAUGUGAAAGCAAAUGGGGGAAGAAGUACUUUUCAACUUCACAGAUGAUGUGUGUUCAUGGAGAUGGAGGAAGCUGUAAUGGGGAUUCAGGAGGUCCUUUGGUUUGUGGAGACACUGCAGUUGGUGUCACAUCUUUUGGUGACCCUGAUCGCUGUAAUUCACUAAAGCGACCUGAAGUUUAUACUAAGAUUUCAGCAUAUAUUCCAUGGAUAAAGAAAAUAACUGGAAAUGUCAAUUGAAUCUUGCAGAUAAAAUGGGGUGUUUUUUAUUUUUAUUUUGGUUGAGAUGAUUUUCCUCCCAAAUCAUAUUAUAAUAAAAAUAACAUGCAUUGA